AUGUUUCUUGGCAAGUCCUUGCUUGUUCUGGGCCUGUUGCAGGCUUCAUUCGGGCACGCUUACCAAGACAAUGAUGAACCACAGACGGUCUUGUCUGAUCAGGCCGUUAAGAGAGUAGCUAUCAUCGGCGCUGGAGCUGGCGGAGCUUCUGCAGCUUACCACCUGGACAAAUACGCCCAGGUUGCCGGUAUAAAAGCAAACAUUACCGUAUUUGAGCGGUCGUCACAUGUCGGUGGCCGUUCAACAACUGUGAAUGUCUUUGACGAUCUAUCUGAGCCGGUGGAGCUUGGAGCUUCCAUCUUUGUCAAGGUCAACAAGAUCCUGGUGACAGCAGCAGAGGAGCUUGGUCUUACCGUCAGUUCAGCAGACCUGCAUCGCCCAAAGGAGUCAUCAUCCCAACUUGGUGUCUGGGACGGCGAGCGAAUUGUGUUCUCUCAAGACGACAAUGGCUAUUCGUGGUGGAAUAUCGCCAAGCUUCUCUGGAAAUAUGGCUGGGCUCCAAUUCGGACGCAGAACCUCAUGCAAGAAAUCGUGGGCAAGUUUCUUAAGAUGUACGACGAGCCCUAUUUCCCAUGGCAGUCCCUAUCGCAAGUCUCUUAUGACCUGGGCUUGACCGCUGUAACGUCGGAGACGGGUGCCCAAUUUCUCGAAUCCAAGAACAUUCUUCCACCCUUUUCGACCGAGAUCAUCCAGGCCAGCACUCGAGUCAAUUAUGCGCAGAACUUGCCUUUCAUCCAUGGUCUGGAAACCAUGGUCUGCAUGGCAACCGAUGGUGCCAUGGCUGUUCAGGGCGGGAAUUGGCGGAUUUUUGACGGGAUGAUUAAAGCCGCUCACGCACAGGUGAAGCUCGACACGAAAGUGACAGAUGUCAUUUAUCAGCACGAUGGGACUUAUGUUAUCUCCUCUGCUUCAUCUCCCUCCUCUCUCUCCAAGGACUUUGCUACUGAGCCCGAGGAUACGAUCAAUGAGACAUUCGACACCGUCAUCCUUGCUACGCCGCUUCAAUUCUCCAAUAUCAACCUAGAUGCCCCUCUGAUUGAGAAACGCCCCGACAAGAUCCCUUAUGUGACGCUACAUGUGACACUCCUUUCUUCACCGCACAGGCUUUCUGCUGAGGCUUUUAAUCUCCCAGCCGGCUCUUCUUCCGUGCCGGAAAUCAUCCUCACGACGCUUCCCAAGGAGACCAAGCCCGAGGAGCGCGCGGCAGGCGUUGGUCCCGCAGGGUUCUUCAGCAUCAGCACGCUCCGCAGCGUGAGGAACCAUGCCGUAGAUCCUCCGCGAAAAGAGUAUUUGUAUAAAAUCUUUUCGCCGCAUCCUGUCAACGCUACGUUCCUGGGACAUAUCCUCGGUCUUUCUGAGCCUCCUGUCUUACCUGACCCGCCAGUUUCUCAAGACGUUUCUGAAGAUGAGGUGCAAGAAGGAUCGACGGCAAAGCCAGCAGUGACAGCAGCGCAACCGAGUGGCGACGUCACCUGGAUAUAUCGUAAGGCAUGGCAUUCCUACCCAUAUCUCUAUCCGCGGGUUACGUUUGAUGAGCCCUUGCUGGGCAAUAGUCUGUAUUACACGAGUGGAAUCGAGAGCUUCAUCAGCACAAUGGAGACUAGUGCGCUCGCAGGCAUGAAUGUCGCGCGUCUUCUUGCUGAUUCUUGGCUGGGCAAGACUCCGUCUUCUUCCUCGUCGUCUUCGCCGCCGUCUUCUGCGGAUCACAAAGACGCAGUCACGCAAGAUGCCGCAUCAAGUAAAAAGACUGUCGCUGCCGAGCUUUGA